AUGGUGAUGAACGGAUUUAAAUCAAAUCAUCUUGGAGCCAUCGUAGGGAGACGAUCUUUGGUAAUUAUUAUCAUCCUGUCAUUGUCAGUGCAUGAUGCGAUAGCCCAAGAAGCGUGUACUUCCAAUCCCUGCAGUGGAUUGGGGUUCUGCUACGAAAGACCGGGAAGGACUCCUAACUUCGCUUGUCAAUGUUUUAAUACUAAUAGAAUGGGAUUCGACUGCAUGGAAGUAGGUUCUUUCAAUGCCGCAAACAGAUGUUUUGGGUACCCUUCAUCCACCUGUCAGCUCACAUUCUUUUCCUCCCCUGCCUUCCCCAACAACUACCCCAAUGGCUUCUCCCAAAUGUACCAGCUCUACAUCCAAACCGCGACGUCGAUCAGGUUGUCAUUCCAGGUCACCUUCAGCAUCGACGUCGAUGACAAGCUUUACGUCGGGAUCGGACUCACUGUUCCCACGAGUUUCCAACCCGUCGAUGGCAUCUUGCAUCAGUUCAGUGGGAGUGUGGUGCCCAAUGCGUUCAGUUUGAACACUGAUACGGUCUGGAUGCUUUUCAGGUCGGAUGCUACAGGUUCUGCCAAUGGAUGGCAGCUACAGUGGACAGCAACAACUGAUCCAUGUGGAUGGGGUCCUUGUCUGAAUGGAGGGACCUGUACCCCUAACUUCCAGUCAAACACCUUCACUUGUAGCUGUACUCCGUGCUACAAUGGUAACAGAUGCGAGAUAGAUGGUGGAGACUGUGCACUUUCUCAUGUACCAUAA